GUUUGUUCUUGAUCCGGGUAUUCGUUUUCUUCAUCUCGAUUCUUUUCUGGUGAUUCUGGCAUUUUAGAUCUGGUGUCUUAGUUAAAGAGUAAACGUUUUGAGGGUUCAGAUUAGGGACCCGACAUGAGAUGUACUUUCUGUGCCAUCCUUCAUCUAUGUUAUAGUGACUUUGGUUUACGAUUCUCUGAAUCAUAUGUGUCGGAGGUUGGAACAGCUGUUUUAGGCUUAGAAUUGGAUUGUGGGGUGGUGUUCUCGAAUGAUCUUAUGAUUUGUUUUGAUUCGAGGACAUUGAGGUGCAGAUAAAUUGAAAAUGCAGCAACAUGAGGCUGGGUGCCCAGCCACGGAGGGCAUAAUCCUCUGCUACAAUAACUGUGGCUUCUUUGGAACCAAGGCAACCAUGAAUACAUGUUUCAAGUGCCACAUGGGAAUGAUUCUGAAACAGAAUCAGUCCAAGCUUGCAACAUUAACAAUCUUGUGAAUGGCAGUGGCAAAGAGCUAAUGAUGUUUGGUAACGCAUACGUGGUGUUGUGACCUUUUGAAGCUAAAAAUUGUUUCUUCACAAUCACCAAAUGCUCCAGAUCGAAUGGGCCUGAAGGAGCAAACACAAAAUAUGGUGGAAAUAGAUGCAGAACAUGCGGGAAACGUUAGACCGACCGUCGACGUGGGAACCUUUUCUGGGGUACAGAUUGCUGCUUUGAUGAGCAUGAUGAUUGCCCAUUUGAUUAUCGUAAACAACUAGGAAUGUCAUCACCAAAGCGAACCCUGUGGUUAAGGUUGAUGUCAAUGUCGAGCCCCUCACUAUGCCCUGAUAUUAAGUUGGCUCUUAUGUCAAUAAAUUGUCACAACCCAACUUGAUGGGAUGAUUGAUCUGUUAACUUCAUUGAGCCCAAACCACUAACUUAAAAUGCUUAAGAUAAAGUUAACAAUAGUUUACGUAUUAUGUUCUUAUAAGUCAAUAUUAGUUUUAGCCUACUUUUGAUGUGAGACUAAACCGGAGUGUUACAAUUGCAGCCCCUAGUUCGUGGAUUAGAAAAGGUUUGCAUAUAAGUGUGACCUUUUAUUUGUGCUGAUUUGGUAAAUUAUUUCUGGACUUGUGAUGUGGCUAUUUUUCUUGUUUUACUAUUUGACCUUCACAGUAGAUUCCUCAACUUGUAGGAAUUACUAAUGGUGCAUGAAUAAUUGUCUCUGCAAUUACUUGAUGAUUUAUAUCGUAUUCCCUCAGUAAUAUAAUACAUAGUGGUGCAUGAAUAAUAUCAUGACUUUCAUGUUACAUUUCUUUAGUGGUGGACAUUCUUGACACUGCAUGAUAGGUUCUUGAUUGUAUGUAUCUUUUCCUUAGAAUUUUCUGCACUUCCACAGUAGCAUAAUGCUCAAGGAUAUAUGAAUGGUCCGUAGAGUUAUAUCUGGUUUCUGUGAUUCAAAAUGCAGCUAUUGAGGAAUGAUAUUGGGAAGGUCGGUGAGCUGUGUUUUAUGCUGGUACCAAGUAUGAUGAACAAUUUGAGUGACCUUUAAGUAAAUUCAACCUAUGUGGCAUGAUCAUGGACGCACAAGCACAGAUUGCAAUAGUUGUUGCUGGAGAUUUGGAGUGAUUGGUAGAUAUCUUUGAAGGUAGAGCAAGAUGAGGAAGCCAUAAUAUUGUGACAGUUUUCGGCUACCAUUGGAAACAGUGACUUUUGUUCUAGAUGACUGCCUUCUCUCAAGAUGGAUGGAUCCACGGGUGUUGACUGUGUCACCAUGUCCUGGAGAGCGUAGUUUGUCCGCAAUACAACACCAAAGGCAAGAGGAAGUCAGCUGCUCCUCCAUCCUCUUCCAUGGUCUCUCCCUCUUGUACAGUAAUUCCUGACAGUAUUGGAUCCCGUCCAUCCAUCGUUUCCACAGGAAAAAGCACCGAUCUCGAGUAGGGGGGAGGAGAAUUAAGAGAAGAGGUCGAGGAUUUCCAGGCAGGAUCGUACCCCAAGGCCGAAAACUGCCCUUGGGUACUCCAUGCUUCCACUGUUCCAUCGGACCUAUAUUACACGGGGGAGGGGCAGAAGCUGAUGUAGAUGGAUCGGUCGGGUAGCAGGAGGAGCACGGGCACGGCGGUGGUGGCCGUCGAGGUGAUGGAGGGGAGCAGCAAGGCGGAGGAGUGGAGCGGCGGCGCCGGGGAUGGGGACGAAGGAGGGGAGGCCGUGUCGCUGCAGACGGGCGACAUCGUGGAGGAGGUCACCUUCGGGGCUGAGCCGCCGGCUCGGUCGCCCUUCCGGGGCGGGCGGUCUUGGGUCAUGAAGCUGCUCCACGCGGCGUAUAAGCGCGGCGACACCUCCGUCGUCGUGCGCGCCCGCCGCGGUCCGCAAGCCACCUACCUCGACUUCCACGCGCGUGUGGUGCCCCACCCGGCGGCCGGCCGGCGACAGUACGUCCUCCGCUCCGUCCGCGAUCCCCGCCACGCUGUCCGACUCGUCGACCGUUCUGAGUCCGACUGCAUCACCUUCCAGGGUUCAAGGAGCUCGAGGGUGGUCUGGGCGCUCAACAACGCGCAACUCCAUGACGGGUUCGUGUCGUACCCGUGGGAGAAGAAGAUAAAGGAGACGCUGCCGUCGCCCAGCUCCAGCUGCUUCCUAUCCCUGCUCGUCCUCCCCAAGGCGUCCGACCCCUCGAGCACAAGCUACGACCCCGUGGAGGACACCUUGGCUCGGGCCGAGGCAUGGCUCGGCUCCUCUCAGGCCUCUGGUGUCCCCAUCGUCUUCAUGCACAUCCAGACCGAGUCGCUCCUCACAAAGAUAUCGGGAGAGACAGCAUCCACCACCGUCAAUAUGGGAUCAUUGGCCGACCUCUCCAACGUAGCAAACGCCAGCCUCUACGGAUUCGAGGACUACCACGGGGUGGACAUCGGGGUCGUGAGGGCUGUCAGGCUUUGGUACGCCCCCGCAGAGGGUGAGAUGGCGUUCGAGAUUGAGCCACGGGAAGGCGACACCAAGCUGGGCUUCUCAAUUAGCCGCACCGAGGAGGGCUUUAUACACAUCUCAUCCGUCGAAGACGACGACGGUACCGGAGUUGCUGCAGGUCGAUCAGGACUCAAGAAGCUCUACAAAGCAGCAGCGGCAGCAUCGAAGCUGUUAGUGGUCUCGAGGGUGGGAACCGAGAAGGUUCUGCCAUGGAUAGUCUCCACGUCGGGCGCCAUUCGGUGCUUCGACACCGUCUCUCUCAGCCAGAAGCUCUCGCUGCACCGCCACGCUCUGAAGCCCAUCCUGCUCCACCUGCUUAUGUGGGAGACGUCGGAAACCAACGUCACUACCACCAAGGCCGAAAGUGACGAGCAUCCGACGCCAAUGUCGCCGCCAUAUAUCGUGCCCCGAGCUUCAGACGGAGCUUCUGCUGCCGCGUCGUCGCUCUCAGCAUCUCCCGGGCGCGACGAGCUCCAAGACGCGGCUGGGGACCUGUCCUUCAGAUUCUGCGACCUCUCGAUAUGGAACACGUCGAUCUAAUUCCUACUGCUAUGUCAUCCUGUCGUCCUGUACAUAACAAAGCAGUAAGCUCAGCUGUUGCUACUCUACCUUGUGCUUGUGGCAUGGAAGAGGAGUUCAGGUACAAGUAUUACGUGUGUUAGUGUCAA